AACCAGAGUGCCCAGGGACAAUCCACACAGUCCACAGAGAGGAUGUACUGUACAGAGAUCCUUGUCCGGGAGUGGCCUGUUCUGGAGUUGGAGGCCUCUUUCUAUAUGUGGCAGGGUGGUAAGGGGGAGUUGUUUUGAUUUUGUUUUGUUGCUGACUGAACAUGAUGGGCAUGCUCUGGAGGCGACAAUUGCGGACUGCCCCCAGCACGUCCAUAGGCGGUUAACACAAACGGCCCAUUUCAAUGUACAUGUGAUAAAUGAAUCUAAACUUUCAAGACAUCAGAUCCCUUCCAGCAUCAACAAGGUAUGAGUCCUUGGAGCAAUGGUGGUGGAGGUGGAUACGAUAGGGUCUUUUAAGAGUACAAUAGUACAUCGAUGAGUACGUGGAGCUUAGAAAAAUAGAGGGCUGUGGGUAACCCCAGGUAAUUUCGAGAGUAAGGACUUGUUCGGCACAUCUUUGUGGGUUGAAGGGCCUGUAUUGUGCUGUAGGGUUUCUAUGAUUCUGAAUAUGGGGGUGGGGGUGUUGGUAGGAAAUAAAUGAUGUUCAGGAGGAGGAGAUUUGUAAUAAAUUAGCAUCAGAAUUGCCACAACAUUGUGGGCCGAACAGCCUGGCCUGGUCUAUACUGUUGUGGAUGGGGGCGAUGUCUGUCUCUGAAUCUCUUGUGUGCGUGUCCGUGGUGAUGGGCACAGGCAGUGGUGACUGGUUGACUCUUGCUGAGAGGAAUACGAACGCCACUGAUUACCUGGUGCGCAGAGCUGAGACUGGACCAGAUUGCUGGUUCUGAUCUUCACCUCUCCAGUGGCCUGUGGCUCCCGAGCCCCCGCUCCCCCAACACCGAGUAUGAGUGUACCCAUUCAUGGGGCAGAAAACUGUGUUCAGGUUUAUCAUCGAAGAAUUGUGCCCAACUUUCGGAAAUCCCCUCCCUUAUCCAGGGCCAGGAACUCGACGCUGCCUCCCGCCUCCAAGUCCGUGACCAUGGAUGGCUCCUCUAUGGGAUCCAUUGAGUCUGCAGCCAAUGGGAAACCCUACUACCCAGUGGUGAGGGAUAUUAACAUUUACCUUGGCGAAUCUGAAGGGAGAGACAGCCCUUCAAAAGACGAUGACUCCUUGCUCCAUCCUGGCAGUUAUACCAGUGCCUCCGGCGAUGCCAGCAGACUAGAAAUGGGCAUUGAGGAUGCGGCGACCCAGAAUAAAGGGAAUGGCCUGUUCUUCAGUGAUGGCAAGUGUCGCAUCGAUUACAUCCUGGUCUACAGAAAGUCCAGCGCACAAGCUGGAAAGCGGGAGAUGUUCGAGAGGAACCUCCGGGCUGAAGGGCUGCACAUUGAGAAGGAGUCAUCAAUAACCAAUGAUGAUGUAAUAUUUGUGAAGUUACACGCUCCGUGGGAGGUUCUUUGUAAAUAUGCCGAGUUAAUGAAUGUACGAAUGCCUUUCAGGAUGGAGAAAAGUUUGAAUAGGUUUCGAGGGUGGUUUCCUAGGAAGCCCAUGAAGCUGGACAAGGACAUCUUACCAGACCUGGAGGACACAGACUGCUACACUGCUCCCUUCAGCCAGCAGAGGAUGCAUCACUUCAUUAUCAACAACACCGAUACAUUCUUCAACAACUCCACGAGGAGUAGGAUCCUUUACCACAUUCUACAGAGAGUUAAAUACGAGGAGGGGAAGAACAAAGUAGGCCUCAAUCGGUUACUCGGCAACAACACCUAUGAAGCAGCCUUCCCACUUCAUGAGGGAAGUUACAAAAGCAAUAAGUCAGUGAAGACCCACAGAGGCUUGAACCACCGCCAUCUGCUCUAUGAGUGCUGGGCGUGGUGGGGGGUGUGGUACAAAUUCCAGCCACUCGACCUGGUCAGGCGCUAUUUUGGGGAGAAGAUUGGCCUCUACUUUGCCUGGCUGGGCUGGUACACUGGAAUGCUCUUCCCAGCUGCUGCCGUCGGCUUAAUCGUGUUUCUCUACGGAGUCUUCACCAUUGAUCACUGCCAAGUGAGUAAAGAAAUUUGUGAAGCAACAGAAACCAUUAUGUGUCCACUCUGUGACCGGCAUUGUGGCUACCAGCGGUUAUCCCACAGCUGUCUGUAUGCCAAGGUGACGCAUCUGUUUGACAACCAAGCGACUGUGUUCUUCGCAGUUUUCAUGGCCGUCUGGGCCACAGUCUUCCUGGAGUUCUGGAAACGCAGACGCGCCGUCAUUGCCUACGACUGGGACCUGAUUGACUGGGAAGAAGAGGAGGAUGAAAUCCGCCCACAGUUCGAAGCGAAAUACUCCAAGAAGGAGCGCGUCAACCCGAUAUCAGGAAAGCCAGAACCUUACCAAGCAUUCACAGACAAAUGCAGCAGGAUUAUUGUUUCAGCUUCCGGAAUAUUCUUCAUGAUCUGCGUGGUGAUUGCUGCAGUGUUCGGUAUCGUCAUUUAUCGAGUGGUGACGGUCAGCACCUUUGCUGCGUUUGAGUGGGCUCUGAUUCGCAACAACUCACAGAUCGCUACAACGGGGACAGCUGUCUGCAUCAACUUCUGCAUCAUCAUGCUUCUGAACGUGCUGUACGAGAAGGUAGCUCUUUUGCUGACCAAUUUAGAACAGCCUCGGACAGAGUCAGAGUGGGAGAACAGCUUCGUGUUGAAGAUGUUUCUGUUCCAGUUUGUGAAUUUGAACAGCUCCACGUUUUACAUUGCGUUCUUCCUGGGGAGGUUGACGGGACGUCCUGGAGCGUACCUGAGAGUGCUGAACAGGUGGAGGUUGGAAGAGUGUCACCCCAGCGGCUGUCUGAUCGACCUUUGCCUGCAGAUGGGAAUCAUCAUGGUACUAAAACAGACCUGGAAUAACUUCAUGGAGCUCGGCUACCCGCUUAUUCAGAAUUGGUUGGCAAGAAGAAAGCUGAGACAAGACCAUCAUGACCCAAGCAAGCCAACCUUUCCUCAGUGGGAGAAGGAUUACAACCUGCAGCCCAUGAAUGCCUACGGACUAUUUGAUGAAUAUUUGGAGAUGAUUCUUCAGUUUGGAUUUAUCACGAUUUUUGUGGCAGCUUUUCCAUUAGCUCCACUCCUCGCCCUACUCAACAACAUCAUUGAAAUCCGGCUGGACGCGUACAAGUUUGUUACACAGUGGAGGAGACCUCUGGCUUCCAGAGCCAAAGACAUAGGGAUCUGGUAUGGAAUUCUGGAGAGCAUUGGAGUGCUGUCAGUCAUUACCAACGCCUUUGUCAUUGCUGUGACCUCGGACUUCAUCCCCCGCUUGGUGUAUGCGUAUCAAUAUGGACCUUGUGCUGGACAAGGAAAGGCAGGAGAAAAAUGCAUGGUGGGUUACGUCAACGCCAGCCUCUCCGUGUUCCUGGUGACGGAUUUUGAACCGCGCUCUGAACCAUUGUCAAAUGGCACUGACAACUUUGGGACUGAAGUGAAAUACUGCAGGUACCGUGACUACAGGGAGCCUCCCAACUCGAAACAGCCAUACGCCUACACGAUACAGUUCUGGCAUGUGCUGGCGGCACGCCUAGCAUUCAUUAUUGUAUUUGAGCACUUGGUUUUCUCCAUUAAGACGUUGAUUGCCUACAUGAUUCCUGACCUACCGAAGAACCUUCGCGACAGGAUGCGCCGUGAGAAAUAUCUCAUUCAGGAAAUGAUGUAUGAGGCGGAGCUCGAGAGGCUGCAGAAGGAACGCAGUGACAGACGGAAAAGUGGGAUGGGCUCUCACAACGAAUGGCCAUGAGGGUGACCCACAGAGAUGAAAGCAGACCCUUUCCCCUCUUGUUGCCGCUCGAGUUAAGGCCACCUCUGCAUAUUCUGCAGCCGUUCCCUGCAGCUCUUGCAAGCAGCCAUCUACAGACUGAGUAACUGCAGCCUCAUUGCAUGCCAGGGAAUGAAAGGUCUUUGACGCCCACCCACUGGAGGAGGAACUGUGAAGACAUGACAUCCCCUCAGUACUUAGGACUCUAGUCAGCAUGUUGACCACGUUAUUCAUAAUUUAAUGCAAUUCUGUAUGCCGGUUUUUAACUUAAAAGGGGUAACUGUUUUACACAGGUUUGCUACGUAUCUCAGUUUGACACCUCUCUCUCUCUCUCUCUCUCUCUCUCUCUCUCAUGAUGCCAGACUUUUACAGUGUCCCGUUCAAAAUGUAAAUAAGAAUUUCUGAGAACUAUUUUGCAUAAUUUCUCCACCACGUUCCAUCCCACGUCUCCAAACUAGCAAUUAGAAUAACAAUCUUGUUUACCAAUCUUUUUUUUAAACUUCCUGAAUUUGCUGCUUUUGACUAGUUAAUGGGUUGGAUGUAUAAUGCAAACUACUUGUAAAUAACUUAAAGUAAAAUGAUGAAUUGUCAUGAUUAAAAAUGAGUUCAUAAACAUAAGCCAUAUUUAAUGCUUGUAUAAUGUGAUGCAGAGAUUCAAAUAAACAGGCACAUAGACUUUGAA